AACUUUAACCUUGUCUUCAUGGAUUUUUGAAACCAAGGGCGGAAGUUACACCAGAGACACUUUAACACUUAAGAUGUUUAACUGGGGUAUACCCCUUUUGUUACUCGUUGCACCUUCUUUCCCUGAGUAACCAGAUGAAUGGGAUUCGGUUUAGACAGUUGUACUGUUACACAUGACACCAAGCAUCUAUGAGCAAAGUUGCUCCUUCCAUGGAGAGUGCAAACAUUACUAUUUAACGCUAGACUGGGCUAAGACAACGUGAGCUCAUCAAAGUCUACGUGUUUAUAUGAGCCUCAGUCUGAUCUAUCACAAAUUUCAAAGCCAUAUAUUCCACAAGUUUUUUUCCCCCUACAAUAUAACUUUUCAUAAUGCUCUGCUCUCUCCCCUAAGAUAUUCUUAUUCAACCUCUCUUUAUCUUACUGAAUUCAUCUAUACUAUUUAUUAUUACUACUUAAAAAAUCAUUAUGGAGGCUGGACAGAGACCAUCUGCGCUUGGUCUGGGAACGAAGCUCGGUUCAUACCACCAUCACCAUCAUGGAAAGUCCCAAGAUGGAUUAAAUGGAUCGAUGGCCGAUGUGCCAAAAGACCUUCUCUCCGAGAUUAAGAAGCUGGAAGAUCUAUUCACUGUCGACAAGGCCAAGCUCAAGGAAAUCACCACGCACUUCGUUUCGGAGCUUGAGAAGGGUUUGAGCGUAGAAGGUGGCAGUAUCCCAAUGAACCCAACAUGGGUUAUGGAUUUCCCAGACGGAUCUGAGACUGGCACCUACUUGGCUCUUGAUAUGGGUGGUACCAACCUGCGUGUUUGUGAGAUUACCUUGACGGAUAACAAGUCGGAGUUCGAUAUUAUUCAAUCCAAGUACCGCAUGCCUGAGGAGCUGAAGACUGGCGAGUCUGAGGAGCUUUGGGAGUACAUUGCCGAUUGUCUGAAGCAAUUCAUCGAAACUCACCACGGCGAAAUUCCUGCAUCGCAAGGAAAGAUCCCGCUUGGUUUUACGUUCUCAUAUCCUGCUACUCAGAACUACAUUGACGAGGGCGUUCUACAACGGUGGACGAAGGGGUUUGACAUCAACGGUGUUGAGGGCCGCAACGUCGUACCGCUUCUAGAAGCUGCCUUGGAGGCGCAGGAAGUUCCUAUCAAGGUGUCGGCUUUGAUCAAUGAUACUACGGGUACUCUUAUUGCUUCUGCCUACACUGACCCGAAGAUGGCCAUCGGAUGUAUUUUCGGAACUGGAUGCAAUGCUGCAUAUAUGGAGAACUGCGGCUCCAUUCCUAAGUUGGCUCACCUAAACCUGGACCCGAACUGGCCGAUGGCUAUCAACUGUGAGUGGGGCGCUUUCGACAACGAGCACAAGGUCCUUCCACGAACUCCUUACGAUAUCAUCAUCGACAAGGAAUCCCCUCGACCGGGACAACAGGCUUUCGAGAAAUGUAUAGCUGGUCUCUAUCUCGGUGAAAUCUUCCGACUGAUUUUGGUCGAUUUGCAUGACAACAAGGAAGUUCACAUUUUCGAGGGACAAGACAUCAAGUACCUUCGAAAGCCGUACACCCUUGAUUCAUCCUUCCUCUCGGCCAUUGAGGAUGACCCAUUCGAGAACUUGCAAGAGACUGCAGAUCUAUUCCAAGAGAAGCUCCACUUAACAACUACUCGCCCCGAACUUGAGCUGAUCCGCCGAGCUGCUGAACUUAUCGGCACACGUGCUGCUCGGUUGUCUGCCUGCGGUGUUGCCGCCAUUUGCACCAAGAAGAACCUCCAACCAUGUCAUGUGGGUGCGGACGGUUCCGUGUUCAACAAAUACCCGCAUUUCAAGGCCCGAGGCGCGCAAGCUCUCCGAGAGAUUCUUGACUGGCCAGCAAAGAAGAACUCGAAGGAGGAAGAUCCGGUAGAGAUCCUCGCCGCAGAAGACGGAAGUGGUGUUGGCGCCGCCGUUAUCGCUGCUCUGACACUGAAGAGAGUGCAGAAGGGUAACGUCGCCGGUAUCCUGCACCCUGAAAACUUCAAAUAA